AUGUCCACUUGCUCCUCAGACUGUGGGAUAGGACAGGUGCGCAGAGUUAAAGGUUUCCACUCUUGCUGUUUCGACUGCAUUGACUGCAAAGAGGGAACAUUCCUGAACAGCUCAGAUGACAUCCAGUGUAAAUCAUGUCCUGCUGGCCAGUGGUCCACCCUACGAAGCACAAGCUGUGUCUAUCCCAUCUAUACUUACCUGGACUGGAGCAACUAUGAGUCAAUCGGACUCAUUCUGGGAGGAAUUUUGGUGCUAGUGUCACUUGUAUGGGUAGGAGCUCUAUUCUUCAUGCACAGAGGAACUCCACUGGUGAAAACUGCAGGUGGACCCCUGUCUGGCCUUAUGCUACUGAGCCUAGCGGGAGAAUGUAUAAGCCUGGUGCUGUUCCUGGGUCAGCCAGGAGACGUUGUGUGCCGUCUGCAGGAGCCACUGAAUGCCUUUUUUCCCACCGUGGCCCUUUCAGUCAUUCUUACCAUU